AUGGCCACACCGGCCGGCGGCACUGCCGAUGCGCCGGCAGCUGCUCCGGGCCCCGGGCCGGCCCCCGGCGGAGCGGUCGCGACGGAUCCCAACGCCCCGCCUCCGGCUCCCAAGAGAUCGUGGUGGAAGCUUAGCACGAAGAACGUUGCGACGCUGAGGAAUUUCAUCAGAAUCUUGUCUUAUGGCACAUGGUAUGACAAACUCAUCAUCAUGGUGUCGGUCCUAGGUGCCAUCGGCGCUGGCCUCACCAUGCCGGUGAUGAACAUUGUCUUUGGACAACUCGUCGGCACCUUCACUGGCUUCUUCAAGCAAGGCACGCAGGAGACGCAAGAGGAAUUCACGCGCACCGUCAACCAGGGCGUGCUCUACAUCGUCUAUCUCUUCAUCGCGAGACUGAUCCUCACCUACCUGUCCAACCUCGGCUUCCGCAUGACGAGCAUCCGCAUCUCUGCCGCCAUCCGCCUGACCUACCUGCGCUCCCUCUUUGCCCUGCCCAUCUCGAUGCUGGACAUGCUCGCGCCGGGCCAGACGGCCGCCAUCAUCACCAUCACCGCCAGCACGCUGCAGCUCGGCAUCUCCGAGAAGAUCGGCACCUUCUUCAUGUCCUUCUCGACCGUCAUCGCGGGCUUCACCAUCGCCUUCGCGUACAACUGGCUGCUGACGCUGACUACGGCGUCCGGCCUCGUCUUCAUCCUCUUCGUCUACAUGUUCACCACUCCGCCUAUCAUCCAGCGGCUCAAGGACGUCCAGGACAUGGACAUCGAGGCCGCUUCUGUGGCUACCGAGGCGUUCGGCGCCAUCAGGAUGCUCGCGGCGUGCGGCGCUGAGUUCAAGAUGCUGGCCAAGUAUGGCAUGCUGGCGGACAGGUCGCGGGAGAAGGGCGCGGGCAUGGCGUGGCUGGUUGGGUUCCAGCAGGGGCUGAUCUUCUUCGCCAUCUAUGCCACAUUUGCGCUGUCCUUCUGGUACGCGUUCAAGAUGUACACCAUGAUGGUCCUGACCACCCCGGCCUCCCUCAUCGUCGUUCUUCUCUGCAUCAUGAUGAUGGCGUCCUCCAUCGGCCAGCUCACAGCCCCGCUAUCAGCCGCGUCGCAGGCCGCUGACGCCAACGCCAUCUUCCACACCAUCAUCGACGCCCCGAAACCGACCUACGGCAAGCUCAAGGGCCCCGAGGCGUCCGCCGAGGGCGACAUCGUCUUCCAGAAUGUCAACUUCGUGUAUCCCAAGCGUCCCGAUGUCAAGAUCCUGGAGAACCUGAGCCUGACGUUCCCUGCGGGCAAGGUCACCGCCAUCGUCGGACCUUCUGGCUCCGGAAAGAGUACCAUUGUCGGAAUCCUGGAGCGUUGGUAUGAGUUCAACGGAGACCUCCAGGCCAAUCAACUCACUCUCUGGCUCAGAAACGGUAUCAUCAGCUGCGGCGGCCGCCUCCUCAGCGAGAUCGACCCCCAGUGGUGGCGCAACCAGAUCGGUCUCGUCCAGCAGGACAACGCCCUCUUCAACACCACCAUCUUCAAGAACGUCGAGUACGGCCUUAUCGGCACCGAGUUCGAGUUCGAGGACGAGUCCGUCAAGGCCAAGCUCAUCGAGCAGGCUUGCAAGGACGCCUUCGCCGACGAGUUCAUCUCCCGCCUGCCCGAGGGCUACCAGACCGAGGUCGGUGACGCCGGCAUCAAGCUCUCCGGCGGCCAGCGCCAACGCCUUGCCAUCGCCCGCGCCAUCGUUAAGCAGCCCAAGAUCCUCAUCCUCGACGAGGCGACCUCCGCCAUUGAUGUGAGGAGCGAGCAGAUCGUCCAAGCUGCGCUCGACCGUGCCUGCCGCGGCCGCACCACCAUCGUCAUUGCUCACCGUCUCGGAACCAUCAGAAAGGCCGACAGCAUCAUCCUCCUCCGCAAGGGCCAGGUCGUCCAGCAGGGAACUCACCAGGAACUCAUGGCCCAGAUCGACGGUCCCUACCACCUUCUCGCCACCGCGCAGAAGCUGGAUAUGGGCGUCGAGGAGGACGACGACAUCCUCUUCGGCGACCUCAGCUGGCGCCGCCCGGAGCCCGAACGUAACUCCCUGCCCAAGUCCAUGCCCUUCGGCAGCAGCGAGGGCGACCUCACCGAGAAGCGCCAGAGCAUCGACAACGUCGACGAGGACAGCAACCCCGUCACCGAGCGCGACGGCUCCGACGAGGAGCUCGAGCGCGGCGGCGGCGGCAACGUCCGCGUCAUCAAGGAGCCCCGCGGCCUCUGGGCCCGCUGGCGCGCGUGGCACCUCUUCGGCUCCUUCGGCCUCCUCCUCGGCGAGCAGCGCAAGCGCUGGAAGACGUACAUCGUCAUCGCCGUCGCGGCCCUCGGCGCCGGCGCCAGCACCCCCGUCCAGGCCUACCUCUUCGCCGUCCUCGUCUCGCUCUUCUCCUACUGGGGCAGCUUCCUGCGCGUCAUCGCCAACCACUGGUGCCUCAUGUUCGUCUACCUCGCCGCCGGCGUCGGCGUCUCCCACUUCCUCCUCGGCUGGGCGACCACCACCAUCGGCUUCGGCAUCACCCGCGUCUACCGCAAGGAGUACUUCCGCAACAUCCUCUACAAGCCGUCCGCCUUCUUCGACGCCGAGGGCAACUCCGCCGGCGCCCUCACGGCCCGCCUCGCCACCGACCCGACCAUGCUGCAGCAGCUGCUCGGCACCAACAUGGCCUUCGUGCUCAUCUCGCUCUUCAACGUCAUCGGCUGUAUUGUAGUCGGCCUCGUCUUCGGCUGGAAGCUCACCCUCGUCGCCCUCGGCACCUCCAUGCCCAUCAUCGUCGCCGCCAUGUUCUACCGCGUCCGCCACGAGACCAAGUUCGAGGAGGCCAACAACGCCGUCUUCGCCGAGUCCGCAAAGUUCGCCUCCGAGUCCAUCGGCGCCAUCCGCACCGUCUCCUCGCUCACCAUGGAGCAGGGCAUCUGCCAGCGCUACGACGAGCUCCUCGCCGAGCACACCCGCGACGCCUUCCGCAAGUCCCGCUUCUCCGUCAUGCUCUUCGCCUUCAGCGACUCCAUCUCGCUGCUCUGCAUGGCCUUCGUCCUCUGGUACGGCGGCCGCCUGCUCUCCGACCACGAGUACACCCCCUUCCAGUACAUGGUCGUCUACAUCGCCGUCGUCCAGGGCGGCAUGUCCGCCGGCCAGUGGCUCUCCUUCGGGCCCAACAUCGCCAAGGCCAAGACCGCCGCCGACCGCAUACUCGCCAUGCGCGACGCCGACGACGACGAGACCACCUCCGCAGCACCCACCGAGCGCGUCAGCGACGUCGUGCCGUACGAGGUGCACUACGAGAAGGGCGUCGAGAUCGACUUCAAGGACGUCUGGUUCAGCUACCCUACGCGCCCGACGCCCGUCCUCAAGGGCCUCGACCUGCACAUCGAGCGCGGCCAGUUCGCCGCCAUCGUCGGGCCCUCGGGCUCCGGCAAGACCACCAUCAUCUCUCUCCUCGAGCGCUUCUACACCCUCCACGGCGAGGGCCGCGUGCUCUACAACGGCCACGACAUCAACAGCCUCGACCUCGCAAAGUACCGCCAGAACAUCUCCCUCGUCGCGCAGGAGCCCUCGCUCUUCACGGGCACGAUCCGGGACAACAUCCUGCUCGGCAUCGAGGACGAGGACUCUGUCUCCGACGAGGCGCUGCACGCGGCGGCCAAGGACGCGGGCAUCCACGAGUUUGUGAUGUCGCUGCCGGAGGGCUACAACACCGCCGUGGGCCAGUCGGGCGUGGCGUUGUCCGGCGGGCAGAAGCAGCGCGUCUCGAUCGCGCGCGCGCUGAUCCGCCGGCCGUCGCUGCUGCUCCUCGACGAGGCGACGAGCUCGCUCGACAGCGAGACGGAGCGCGCGGUGCAGGCCGUCUUCGACGCGACGAAGGGCAGCAGGACGAUGAUCAUGGUCGCGCAUCGGCUGGCGACCGUGCAGAACGCGGACGUGAUCUUCGUCAUGGCCGAUGGCAAGGUUGUCGAAAGAGGUGACCACGCGACGCUGAUUGCGGAGAGGGGAGUCUAUUUCCAAAUGUAA